AUGCCUGACAUUGCUAUGAAGGAUGCCUCUUUACCUGAUUCUCCUCCUAUCCAGGAAGAGGACUUUACUCAUACUUUUCCAGGUGGACCGACUGAUCCAUCAAUACUGCGGAGUUUCAAUAGUCAUGUCGCUGCAGCUGUUUGGCACGGGGAGUUCGUCAACAAGCUUCUAAUCUACAGUUUUGUUGAGAGAUGGCAACCUAAGACGAACACAUUUCACAUGACAGUUGGUGAGAUGACCUUGACCUUGGAUGAUGUUGGCACUAUUCUUGGCCUUUCCAUUGUAGGCAAAUCAGUCAGCGUACCAGAUGUAACAAAUCAUCAUGGAGUUACACUACUGGUUUAUGGCUUGGGGAUUACUGAACGUGUAGCACAUGAAGAGGUUUCUACUGCUGGUGGCAAUUCAGUCAGGCUUGAGUGUGACAAGAGUGGUGGCAGGGUUCCUGUUGUUUACCUUGGCUUAUUGAUGGAUUUGGGAUCCAUUCAUAUUUACGCUUGGGGUGUUGCUGUAUUAGCAUUUUUAUAUAGACAGUUGGGGUAUGCUAGCUGGUUCGGGGUUAAGCAGAUGGGUGGUUAUAUGACUCUUUUGGAAGCGUGGAUUUAUGAGCAUUUCCGAGCAUUCCGACCUCACCAGAACAUGGGCUACAAUGAAGACAUGCCACACGUGUACCAUUGGGCAUCUAGGAGAGAGGUGGGUUCCUCCAUUGAUCAUUUGAAAUCUUUUCGAGCCGAGCUUGACAGUUUGGUAGCUACUGAUGUUAUUUGGGAUCCAUACCACAGCUGCAGAGACCGACAUCCAUGUAACCCGGUUACAUUCUACCAUGGAUGCUUAAAGUGCUUAGACGUUGUCAAACCCUAUCAUCCAGAUAGAGUUCUGAGGCAGUUUGGCAGGGUUCAAACCAUCCCAGAUGCACCGGUAGCUCCCAAUCGUGGUGCUCGAGGCAACAUAUCUGCACGAUAUACAGUCAUGUAUAGAUACUUGGAUAGGAUCUGGGAGCGCAUUGCACAUGCACUACAGAUUUCACGUCCUAUUAUUGACGCUGGUUAUGAGGAGGGGAUUCGACAUCCUCAUCGACUUUACUAG